AUGCCCUUCGAGACCUGGCUCACGCGCCACCUCGGCGUCCGCUACCCGCUGGUGCAGGGCGGCAUGAUGUGGGUCGGCCGGGCCGAGAUGACGUCGGCGGUCGCCAACGCGGGAUGCCUGGGCUUCCUCACGGCCCUGACCCAGCCCACGCCCGAGGCCCUGCGGGACGAGAUCCGGCGCACGCGCGGCAUGCUCGAGCCGGGGGCCUCCCAGUUCGGGGUCAACAUCACGCUCCUGCCCGCCAUGGUUCCCCCGGACUACAAGGCCUACGCGCAGGUUUGCAUCGACGAAGGGAUCAAGGUGGUCGAGACGGCGGGGGACCCGACGCCUAUCCUGGGGAUGGUCAAGGACGCGGGGGUCACGGUGAUCCACAAGUGCGUGGCGCUCAAGCACGCGCUGCGGGCGCAGAGGCUCGGCGUGGACGCCAUCUCGAUCGACGGCAUCGAGUGCGCGGGCCACGGGGGCGAGUACGACACCACCUCGCUCAUGCUCCUCAGCCUGUGCGCGGAGCAGCUGUCCAUCCCUUACCUCGCGUCGGGAGGGUUCGCCAAUGGCAGGCAGGUCGCCGCCGCGCUGAGCCUGGGCGCCGCGGGGGUCAACAUGGGCACCCGCUGGAUGUGUACCGCGGAGAGCCCGAUCCACGAGAACAUCAAGAAGGAGAUUGUCAAGGCCUCGGAGCACGACACGGUCCUGGUGCUGCGCAGGUUCCGCAACACGUCGCGCCUGCACCGGAACAAGGUCGCCGUCGAGGCGCACCGGAUCGAGAACUCUGACAGGGCGGGCGUGCAGUUUGGCGACGUCGCGCACCUGGUGAGCGGGCAGCGCGGCAGGGCCGUGUACGAGGACGGCGACGUCGACGCCGGGGUCUGGUCGCUGGGCAUGUGUGCCGGCCUGAUUCACGAUGUGCCCUCGUGCAAGGACCUGGCUGUCACGAUGAUCCGGGACGCCGAGGAGGUGCUGGACAAGGUCGGCAGUAUGCGCAAGGGCGAGGCCAAGCUGUAA